AGACCGAUCAUGCCUGAUCGAAAUGAGAUUGUUAUAACGACCUACUAACGUCCAAUAUACCCUACUGAAAUAGAGCGCGAAAUGACAACCAGAGAAGAGCGAUUUCGAGAUUACUUUUCCUCAAUAAAUCCCAUUGCCAGAAAAAUCAUCAAUGACCAGGAACAGGUGAAAUCAAAGUAUGGAGAUGCUUGGCAAACACUCAGCAUUCAUGAGCAAGAUGAGAUCAUCAAUAACAACUUGAUCAAUGCUCACGGCAAGCAGUGUGGAGAUGACGGUUCGCCUACGACACCGUAUCCACCGUCCUUUCCAAAGCUGGUGCUGUCGACUGGAAACAGGGUUGUCGUUGAUGUCGCAGACUGUGCCGAGGAUUCAAACAGCAAGGCAACGGGAUUAACAUGGAGAGAUGAACAUUCUACUCCUUUCUCUUGGGAAACUAUGAGCCAAAUGAACCUACGUGUGGCCGGGGAGUCAGAUUCUGGUUACAAGCAACCGGCCAACCGGUCAGAAAUUCUGGACAUGGAUCUUGACUCCUGGCAUUUAGAAGACACGGUGCUUGCUAAGAAGGAUAAUCCUGGAAAGCUGGCUGUGAGUGAAGACCUACUAGGACAAAUUUCAAUGAGUUUCUCCAAGCCACCUCCGAAUUUAGCAGAGGAGACAGAUGCAGGAAGGAAGCGUGUAGCAGAGUAUCAACCUUCGUUCAACCGGCCAUCCAAGCCGCCACCUCCGAGACCGAAGGAAGCUGCUCCACCCUGUCCGGACCGAAACAAGAAGCCCGGCAGCAAAUCUGCCAAAAAUUCGCACAAGGCAGCGCCUGACCCAGUGUCGGCCUUCACCGGCGGAUCCCUGUUCAGCUACGUCAACCGAGACGACAGUUCAGACAAUGUUAGCGAGGUGUCGGAUACCCAGACCCAGCAGGAGUGUCCGGUAGCAGACGAGAUAUGGAAUGAGCCCCUAGCUGGUUUCAGUAGGCAGUCAUCAACCCAGGAUACUAAAUCAGGAUUUGAUUUCCUUGACAACUGGUAAUGAUCGUCAUCCAUAGCAAGAUGUCUCUAUCCAAUAUGGUUGAAAGAAUUGGAACCAUUUAACAUGCAGAUAGGGAACAUACCGUGUUAAUUUAUAGGGUAGAACAUUGUGUGCUUGCUUGAAAUGCUCUUCAGCAGCACCAGCCCACAUCAGGUACACAUAAUGACAAAAUCUAAUUACACCCUAAAUAGGCAGUCACACUUACCUGAAAUAUGGUAAUAUCCAAAAUAAGGCACCUUACAGCCUUAGUGGGUGCAGAGUAGUGCUGGAUAUUUUUGAUGUGGUUUGCGACUACAAAACUGCAAAAAAAUUGUUGCAAGUACAAUUUUCAAGUUUGUGUAAUGUUAACUGCGCUAAUGAUGCAUACAGUUUAUGACAAAUUUAUGACUGAAGCCAAUGAAUCGAGGAAAAUUAUUUGGCUGCAGAUUCUCUUGGAAUGAUGGCACAACUCUUUCCAUUUUUAAUCUACUUCCUAUCAGACACUACUAUCGACCAAAAAUGACACGUUAUGUACAUCACACCAUAUACAUGUAACUUAUCUAUGUAUCCAAUAUAUUUAAAAAUGGUACUUUUAAUUAACUUCGUGUCUGUGUUGUAAUAUUGUUUCCGAGUAAAACUAUGUGUCCACUAGUUGUGUCUGUGAGUGCAAGUGUUUUUGUGUGGUCGACUAGCUUUAUUUGUGAACCUAAAGUUGUAUUGAAAGUCUUCCCAAUCGUGCAGUGGCCUUGAUAUUGGCGACAUUAGCUAUGUCUUAACAUGUACAUAGAUGUUAAUAUAUAUAAUUAUAUCUAUGUGAACAUUUAGUAAGCUUAUACAUUUCCUUGCCAGUAAAUGCAGUAGCUGCUGUUGAAUGUAUUUAUGUGCAAAGUGGUUGCUGUAUUUGCUAAAUAUUGUAUAAGAUGGAGAUAGCUGUUAUUUAUUCUGAGAAUCUCUUUAUCCAGCUUGUUCAUUAGGUAUGUCUAUCAAGCAUUAGGUAAUCUUGAUGACGUCUACUUUUGUAGCUGUAUUACAUAAAAACCUCUCGCAUCUAUCCUUCAAUUCAUGUAAUUUUUUGUAUACUGCUUUUCUGUCAACUUCAAAAUGGAAUGCAUGCAAGUGCAUUGGUAGUAUCAUUGUUAUGCUUGCCUAUUGUAUGUGUUGUGUAUGUGUAUGGUCAGCCAAUUUUAUAAAUGAUAUUUAUUUGACUUUUUGCUUGGUUGCAUAUUUAUUUAAAAAUAUUUUUACUUAUACUAUAACUACUUCAGUAUAAUCAAAGGUGUCAUGUUUUGUACUGGAUAGACAGUUAUUUGCAUUGGUGAUUUUAUGAUAGACUUGCUUCAGGACAAUUUAACAUGGAUUAUUAGUAAUUAUAACUGCAUGUCCAUAGACAUGUCUCGGCAUUUAGGAGCCAUUGUGCUGUAGUGCUGGAAACUAUAAUUUACAUUUAAAAUUUUCUACU